AAAAUCCAAAAGGCGAACCCGUACGCCAUUUUCUAUCCCGAGAAUAACAGCCACUACGCGAAGAAUCCCGAUGGGACCGUCGUCGCCGUGGCAUCGGAUGAAAUGUGUAAGGAGAUCGACCGCAGGAACGCCGAGUUGGAAGCGAAGAUUGCAGCGGGCGAGAAGCUGACGGAUGAGUAUGCGGCUUAG